AAUGAAGUCAACCUUAAGCAUUUUGUGUGAGCUGGAGGAAUGUGGCAAGUAUCUAUUCAGUGGCUGAUCUUGAUAAUAAACAACUAAGAGCGUGCUUUAGUAUAAUGUGAACAACUCUACUGUUAUUGAGGAGAUCACUAUUUGGACUUCAUUUGAUGUUUUUAUUGCACUAUUAAUUUUAUAUCUGUUUUAUUUUACUUUUGUGUGCAAAUGUAUUUUUGGUCUGUCCCUGUAGCAUAAUCUUGUUAGUAGGCUAUUACGCAAUCCAAGUUCAAGAGAACUAGGGAUGAAGAAAUGGUUUAAUGACUCCAGAAACACUACUAUUGACAAGCUAGUUGUUGAUUGGUGGUGGGUGUAGCUGAUGUUGUUGCUGUUAAUGUGAAAGUUCCACCACUUGUUAAAUGGUAAAUUAAAAACUUUAACACGUAUCCCUGUUUUCCUAAUAGCAACAGUAAGAUUGCUGCCUCUUGACCUAGUAGUCAGGAAUUUAGUUGUGGAAAUAGACUCUCCAUUCACGGUAGUAAGGUGGUGUAUAUUUGACCCUCCGAUACCCCAAAUCGUAGGAGCCUGGAGCAGAACUUUUUUUUUUUCGAAGUGUCUCUCAUCUCUAUUCUUGCAAAGUCGAGUAGCUUUAUGCACCAAAAUUUGCCUUUUUUUUUUUUUUUAAUUCAAAUUCAGUGCUGAACUUUUUCUUCGAACACCCUGCAACUGUAGAAAGAACUGUGGCAUGGGAGUUGCCACUUAAAGAUUAUGCGUGGGAUGAAUUUAGUGAAUCUGAUUAUUAAAUAGCUGGGGAGGAACAUAAGGACCAGUUUGCAAUACAGGGAAAUAGCUGUUAGAAAUCACUUCAUGAACUACAUGGUAUCAAAAGAAGUGCUGAUUAUGUGAGUAGUUAUGGUACUCACUGUAAAGAGGAAAUGUAGAUACUAAAUCUGAACCAGAAAGAAAAAAUGCUGGAAAAGGGCUCAUGGUCUCAAAAUCCUGGAGGUCUAUUUUCUUCACAUGAUAGUGAUUCAUGCAAAGAACCAAAAAGGCUAACUUCAGAUAAUACAAGGAUGUCUGAUCAUUGUUUCAAGAGCAGCAAUGAAGAUUAUAGUGGUAGCGAGCUUUGUGCAGAUGAUACUAUCUUAGGAGACAAGUGUGUGAUGGAGAAUGAUAAUGUGUCUGAAUAUUCAAUCAAUCUCAUAUCUCAAACUGACAAUGAACUCAGCUUUCUUGAUAAUGAUGGGUGGCUGGAUAUAGGAAACUUUGAAGAUAUUGAUAGGAUGUUAAGUUGUGAAUUAACUUUUGGAAUGGGGGACCUCAAUAAUGAAGAGGAGUUCUGCUGGCUCUCGUCAUCACAUGGAACUGAAGGAUCUGAUGAUGCAUUGAAGUCUGAGUUCAAGUUUCCAUCUGCUCAAGCGAGUACAUUGGAAAGUAUAUCAGAUUAUGAAAUAGAGCCGAAUGAAAAUAUUGAAGGUCUGUCAAUUAAUAAUUGCAACAAAAAAGCAUUUCCUAUUGAUAAAAAACGGAGGUCUCAAAUGGAUGUUGGUCAUGAUGCCGUCCCUGUCCCAUUAUCAACUUUCAGCGACCUAGACAUGAAAUUUGGUAAUACAGAUGAUUCGAUGCCUAAACAAAAGAUACAAGGGAAGCUGUCAAAGCCAUCAGCAGGAAAGAGAAAAAAUGGCUACCUAAAAAAUGGUGAUUCUGAUCAUCCCUAUGCUCAAGUGGAGCAAUAUGCAAAUCUGAAGGAGUCCUUUGGAGCCUCUUCUAGUGGGGUCACUUCUCAGGAUAGCAUCCACAUACACAGACCAAAAAUGGAUUCUGGUUCUUUAGGAUGUAUACAGAUAGAAAGUCCCCUAAUGCACCCAGACAAUAGUCAUACUUCAAAUUAUACUUCCCUCCUGCCAACUUUGUCUGGAUCAAGAUCUGAACAUGAUGGACAUCCAUCUCCUUUUAAAGACUCAUCAUAUGCAUCAAACGUUGAGAAUUCUUAUGGUCAUCCUUUGGAGUCUGCUGACUUGCAAACAAAUGAUAAGAGAGAAAAUUCAUAUCUUUGCCGUGAUGCACAAUUGUUAAGUAGGGGUUUCAACAGUGAAAAUAUGGCAAGUCCUAUGCCAUUUCACAGUCUAGGUCCAGCUCAGAAGGUAGCUCCUGAGUUUGAAAAUGAGAAUGAAGGCUACGGUGAAGUUGGAGGAGUUAGCAUAGGAUUUUCACAAGAAAUAGACUCAUCAAAUGUGCAGGAAGGCUCAUCUAUGAGCUCUGCACUAGAUGAAAUCUCCCUUGAAGCAACUAGCUUUCGCCAGCUGCAACAGGUCACAGAUCAGUUGGAUAUCAGAACCAAACUAUGCAUAAGGGACAGUCUAUACCGCUUGGCUAAGAGUGCUGAACAAAGACAUUAUGAUGCCAAUGCAAGUGGUCAAAUUGGUAAUGAUGUUGAAGCAUGCAAAGCAAUAACGACAGAGGAUGCAAACAGGUGUACGGGAUUCAUGAACAUGGAAACUAAUACAAAUCCCAUUGAUCGGUCUAUAGCACACUUACUGUUUCACCGGCCCUCAGAUCCAUUAAUGUUGCCCCUGAAUGAUACUACACCUUUCAAAUCCGGUCCCAUGAUACAUGGAUCGGUGACCAACUCACCAGUAAUGACCGAGAAGCAAGUUUGUCAGGAAGAAUCUUCUGCUGGAGUAGAAAAGAAGUUUUCAGGGGUAAUAAUGUCUAGUCAAAAAUGAAACUAGCAUUGGCAUUAUCUAGGUGUAAAGUGUCUUCUUUUCAAGUAAGUCAUCGCAUCACAUAUGAUGUAAAAAUAUUUACCCGAGGCUUACUAAGAUCUCUGUUAGUGAUUCAUUUUUUGUGUUCCAUACCAUUAUCCUGAUGUAUAAUUUUUCUGAUCAUCAGUACUAGGUAGUAUAUAUGUAGAGUAAUGCUACAUCCACAACUCUUUUCAUGUGAAUGAUACAAUCGUCUGGCGCUGGCCGUUGAUUUGAUAAGUUUUCUGCCAUUCAAUGGUCUUCGUAGUUGUGACAUUUUUAAAAGGUAACGGGGAAAAAGAAUUGAGACUAGAACUCGAUUAUACCAGCUUAGUUUUUCUGAUCAUUUAGUAUGCUGUUUAUUGCUACUCGAUUACCAAUUUGACUUUGAAACAUAUUUGAAACACUGUUAUUUGGGAUU